ACUCCUAACCAGUCGGUGGCGGUAAUGUACCUAGAAGUUGUCUACCAAUCGCCAAUAAAACCACAGAGGAAGAAUUCACUGUUUAUCUGCAGGUAUGAAUGGUUAGGCUUCUAAUACUUUGAAAAAGACUUUAAACCUGUAGUAAUUUGUCACCCGUUGCCAGAUAAAAACUAUUUUAUACCAUGAAUCCUCGUGAGAACGGCAUUGGGGAGGAUAAUGUGAUUGCAUGGUGUCUAGAAGACGCGCUGAAAGUGGCUCUGCGCGGCGCGUUUGAGGUCGCGAUGGAGAUCGCAGUGAAGGAAACGAGCAAACUGAUGGCUCAAGUGCUGCAGGAUGUGCGCGGUCAAAUACAUGAAACCCAACAAGAGAACAUCAACCUCAAACUACGACUACAGCAGAUCCAUGCUGAACAAGACAACCCGAAACCACUCACUGCUGAGCCGAACCAGAGCAGUACCAACUCGGACCCAGAAAGGGAGUUUAAAACAGAAAUCAUAGAACAACACACAGAACCAAGUGAUCAGGAUCUAUCAUCAUGUCAGUCUGUAUUUACACAGGUCUUGGUGAAACAUGUAAAGCCAGAACCAGAGGAUCCAGUCUUAGAUGGCAGCUCUGGAUCUGAUGCUAGACCAGACUGUUUUGACCAGAUGUCUAAUGAGGAAUGUGGGCUAGACAAAAUAUCUAUGGCCCAGUCUAAACUGUUUUGUAGAUUUGAUUCAGAGCAGCUACACAGUGAGACAGGAUCACUGGAUGAAGCAGCCAGCCUUGGUAACUCAGAAAAUACUUUGUCAUUCAAUGGCGGUCUAUCUUCUUUAUCCACACCAUUUGAUGGCCUUCAUCGAUCAGAAGAUGAGACUUCCAUCCCACAGACGCUGCAAAACUGUAAAGACCAACUGGGAACAAAUGUCCAAUCCAGCCUGUAUGUUUGUAUAUUCUGUGGUCGUUCAUAUUAUAGUGAAAGUAAUCUACAUAAUCAUCACAUUAGAUACCACAAUACUACAUUAAAGACAGUGGUGACGGAUACCCACGAAACCAGGCCAAGAAAGAAAAGACUGGUAGUUUUUGCACCCGGCUCCAGUCCGUAUCACUGCAGUGUGUGCAACCAGAACUUCAGUUGCCAGCAAAGCUUAAGGACUCACACACAGAUACAUACUGAGUCACAUGAUGUACCUGCUUCGAUAAUUCUCCCACUGGAUGUUCAUCUGCAGCAAACAUCACCUUCGUCAUCUUGUCCCGUGGAGUAUUCCCCAUGCUGUGAGGUUUAUGCUGUACCAUGGCACAAAAUGCCAUCAGACCUCAUGCUUGCCAUAAGUAAAAAGAAAAGACCAAAGCCUAAAGAGAGAAGAGAGCUGGUUCGCAUAGUCAUUGAUGAUGUAUUCCGUAAAGAACGUGGAAGGCCUGGAAGAGCAAAACUGCGGGAAAUUGCCAAGUGGAUUGUAGCGCAAUAUCCCUGUUCUUUUCAAGACAGAGACCUCCAAGAAAACGUCAUUGGGACAGGAUACGAUACACUUUUUAUACAGUUAGAAAACAGAGUUGAAAAUCUUCGUCGGCCAUCAACCAGCAGGUCAGCAAAGAGACCAGCGAAUGAUGAAAAUGCUUCGAGAAAAAGGUCCACGCCUUCAGAUGGUUAUGGAUGUGUGGACUGGCAGCCUGACAUUGAGUUAACAUCUGAAUUAGAAACCAAAAAAAAUGAAUUGAAAAGUGCCUUUAAAACCAAAGAUCUUCAGGACUCGAGUGUUCGAAAAUUGAUGGCUGAAACAUAUUGCAUCCAGCGUGCGACAAUCAACAAAGGAAGCACCGUAAACACAGUUUUGGAAGAGUGGCCGUAUCUUUUUGAAGCAGAUCACUUGUUUGAUCAUACAUGUACCCUUCUUGGCUUUUCGGUGCAAAAUAGGCUGGCGGAGGAAUUGUCAAGAAAAGGAAAGACCAUUAUAGACUUUCUUUACUCGAAAGGAAUGAAAAUGCAACUAGUUGAAGAGCCAAUACAGUUGAUCACUGCCAUUGCAAUAUUCUUUAAGGAAAACCCUGAUUAUCUUUUCUACCAAAAUGAGCAACAGGACUCAACUUCUGCCGGUCUUCCAAGCAUUCCCAGCACUCCAUGCAUUCUUAUUAUGGGUGAUGGGCUAUUCAAGAUUGCUGUUGAUCAUGAGAUUGUUAAUGACCACAUCACUUCCCCCAUUGUAGCCCUGAGCUACACUUUCUCUUUGUUUUAUGUCUUAAACAUAAAAUACCCAAAAGAGAUGGCACUUACCCUGGAAUUCAUACAAAGAGUUUUCCUGGGAAUAAAUCCUGAACGUGGGUCAAAGGCUCAGAUGAAAGGAACAAAACGGCUACACAUUCCUCAAAGACUGCUGAAGUUGCUGUAUGAACUAAACAACUUUGAAAAUCCAUAGAAUUUUUUUUUUUUUUUUACUCAAAACAGAACUUUUUUUACAGUGCAUUAAUGGACAAUUUUUAAUAUGUUUAUGUAUGCAAAAAUAUUUAAGAAAUGCAAAUGUCUAAAAUUCUACCAGAUAUCACACAGUCCUGCAGUGGAUACAUUGAACAAAUGAUGGUGCUAUGUUAUAUGUCCAAAACCCUUAUGUUAUGCUUGUUUCCUUGCGGUUUUACACAGGAGAGUUUUCCCACUAGAUACAGUUGUGGACCAAAAUAUUGGCAAUUAUGAGCAAAAUAAAUCUACAAUGUUUUUCUUUUUGAGCUUUAGGUUAAAAAAAUCAAUUAAUUGUAAUUGUGGGGAAUUACAUUAUUAAAGAAAUGUUUUUGGCACCCCAUACAUUUUUAUAAAUUACAAUUUUUUAACAAUAACAGUGUAUCAUUGAAUUGUAUAUACUAAAGAUAGGCAGUAGCUAUCAGGCAUAGAGGCUGUAUAUCUUACACAACAACAUUAAAGUUCAUUAAAUUCAUGUUAAAUAACAAUAUCAUUUGUAUUUUGAUUGAAUAGUUUGUGACAUUUCUAGGGUCUCUUUAUACGUUGAAUUUUGUUCUAAAACAUAAUGUAGAUCAUUUAGUUUGUGAACAUUAAAGACAAACCCACUCAAACACUU